UUUUUAGUUAAAUUGUUAAAUAUAAUUGUAAAAAACGUGUAAAAAAAUGAUUUUAUGUCUUCCUUCGGUUAUCACCUAGUAAAAUUGAUGUUCCUCUAUUUUCUUCUAUUUUCCUCAUUUUUGACAAAAAAUUCUCUCCUUUUUCAAUUUUGAUGUUGGUCACUCUACAUAAAUGUCAAAUAGUAAAAAAUAAUCUCUCUAAUUAACAUUAAUGAAACAGGAUCGUGUCAGAAAUGAAAUUGAUGCUAGUAUGAAGGACACUGAAGGAAAACUUACAGAAUCUUCUUUACAAAAUCUUAAAUAUUUAGAAGGAUGCAUUCAAGAGUCGAUGCGUUUAUAUCCGCCUGCUCCUCUCAUAGCACGAGUUACUUCAGAAAAGGCACAAUUAAAAUCAUAUUUAAUACCGCCUGGAACGGUAAUAUUUUUAUCUAUCUACGCAGUACAUCACGACCCAAAUUUUUGGCCAAAUCCGGAAUUAUUUAAUCCGGAUAGAUUUACAAAUAAAAAUAACCAAAAACAUUUAUAUUCAUACAUACCUUUUAGUGCUGGUAAACGAAAUUGUUUGGGUCAAAAUUUUGCCUUGCGGGAAAUGAAGGCAGUAAUAUCAACAUUAAUUCAUAAUUUCUACCUAAAACCGGUAGAUUUAUUGGAAAAAACGCAAUUGGAAGUUGAUAUGUUGUUACACCCUAUUACUCUGAGGCGUGUAACAUUUAUUCCUAUUGCCAAAUGAUAAUAAACUAGCGGAUAAAAUUUUUCCUUCUUUUCUCCAUUUGAUUCUAAAAUUUAAUAAAGUAGAAUUAAAUUUAAAA